AAAAGGUGAGAAAUGUUCCGAUUACACUCGAUCGCAAAAAUUUCGAAUUUCUGCAAAGACGUUAGAGUCGGAAGACGAAGAUGGUUCACGACCAUUGGCAACAACAAAACUAAAGUAUUAACCUUCGGUGACGGAAGCCAUGGCGCUCUAGGCAUACCAAACACAGGAAUCGGAAUCGACGCUUACGAACCAACUCAAAUCCCUAAUCUCCCUUCCGACGUCUCCUUCAUAUCCGCCGGACACUACCACUCCCUCGCCGUCACCUCCGCCGGCCAAAUUUGGACCUGGGGUCGCAACGAGGAGAAUCAGCUCGGUCGAAUCGGUAGUAGAGAGUCAAGAAGUGUGGCCAAGAGAGUGGAAGGCCUAGAGAAUGUUAGAGUUAGGUCAGCUUUUGCGUCUGGAGUUGUUUCAACUGCGAUUGGAGAUGAUGGGUCUUUGUGGGUUUGGGGGAGAUCGAAAAGAGGACAGCUUGGGCUUGGGGAAGGUGUCGUUGAAGCUUUGGGUCCUUCAAAGGUUGAAACUUUAGGUCAAGAACACAUCGUUAAGGUGUCGUUAGGUUGGGGGCAUGGGCUUGCUCUUAGUGGGGAUGGUAAGGUUUUUGGGUGGGGUUAUGUAGCUGAUGGGAGAGUAGGGAAUGUAGGAGUUCCUCUUGAGGCGUCUCCGCUUGAUUCAUUUGCUAAUGGGUAUGGUGAUGAGGAGGCAGCUGAGAAGAAAGUUGCUGAGGCUAUGAGGAAGGAGAACGACAUGCCUAUAGCUUGGGAGCCUUGUUUGGUUGAAGAGUUGCGUGGUGUGAAGGUAGCAGAUAUUGCUUGUGGGUCUGAUCAUUCUUUAGUUCUUUGUGAGGAUGGUACUCUUUUGAGCUCUGGGAGUAAUGUGUAUGGUCAGUUGGGUCGUAGGUGUAAGGAAGACUUAGGAAUGUCACCUGUUGAUGUAACCGGGUCUCCGGUUUCGAUAGCAGCUGGUCUUGGUCAUUCUCUAGCUAUCUGCGAUGUUCAGUCAGAUUCAAGCACAAGGAGGGUUGUGUCGUCAUGGGGUUGGAACCGGAGCCAGCAGCUUGGUAGGGGAAAGCCAGAAGAGGUGCCAAGAGAAGUGGAGGGUUUGGAUGGGGAAAGGCCAGUUUCUGUAUCAGCAGGGCGUGUGCAUUCCUUGUGUGUAACAGAGAAAGGAGAGGGUUGGGUUUGGGGAUGCGGAAAGAAUGGUAGGCUCGGUUUAGGAAGCUCGGUUGAUGAGCCUGAACCGAUGUUGCUGGAGGAUGUUGAGGGUUGUGUUCUUCAAGCAGUUGCUGGAUUUGAUCACAGCCUCAUCUUAGUGGCUGAUGGUCUAGAUUAAUAUUCUGAAUAAAGGUCUUUUAGUAAACUUCCACUGUUACAACUGAGAAUCUUGUUUAUCAUUUUUGUAAGAGCAGAGAAAUAAAUCAAAAACCUUAUGACCAAUCACUGUAUAUUGCCAAUGUGGCUGAAUAUAAGAGGUUUCUUCAAUGCACAUUGUGAUUAUAGUAGAGUUCUCUCUUCUCACAGUAGCCAAAAAGUUACAGAAAGAACAAAGAACUAUGUGUAUAUGCAUAGAAGUUACACAGUACAAAAAAUGAUCUGCCUAUACCAGUCUAAUAAUAACAAAAUUUCAUCACAAUAUCGAGAAAAAGUAACACAAUCAUCAUCAUGAUUUAUAAAUACUUCUUGGUCUUACGGUUUGUGCCUCAAAGCUAGUGUUUCAGAGAUAUGCUAAUGCUCUUCUCUAGACCCAUCUUCAUAGGUCCUCCCAUGAUGCUCCCUUUUUGCAUCAUCGCCACAAACUCG